UUAUAUGUUAAUAGUGUAAAUUAUGUAAAAUAAAUAAUUGUAUGAACUUACUGUAUCCUAUUGUAACCUCGACUGUACUCCAUCCGAUCGAUAUAACCAUACGGUUUUGACAGUUCAAUAGACAGAAGCUUGUCUAACUUUCGAAUCAUAUAAGCAGAAUUUCUCUUAUAUUUUAAUAAGGUAUCGUUGAUAUCUACGUUCAGAAACGUUUACAGAUUUAUUUCUGUAUAAUGAAGGUUUUGAAUUGAAAAAAAAUGAGAACUGAUUCGGUCAGUAAAAUAUAGGUUAAGCAUGAAUCUUCUAAAGUAACUGCAUUUCUUUGGAAUAAGCAAAAAUGGAUAAUGUUGCAACUGCAGAGUGUUUGACUCUUGAUUUCGGACCUUUUGAAACGGUUCAUCGUUGGCAGCGUCUGCCAGAAUGCGACGAAUUUGUUGGCGACAGGCGUAGCAAACACACUAUUGUAGCAUACAAAGAUGCGAUAUAUGUUUUUGGUGGUGAUAAUGGUAAAAGAAUGUUGAAUGAUUUGUUACGAUUUGAUGUGAAAGAAAAGUCCUGGGGACGUGCAUUUGCAACAGGAGCAGCUCCUGCUCCACGCUAUCAUCAUUCAGCAGUUGUGCAUGAUUCUUCUAUGUUUGUAUUUGGUGGUUAUACUGGUGACAUACAUUCCAAUUCAAAUCUCACCAAUAAGAAUGAUUUAUUUGAAUAUCGAUUUCAUACUGCCCAGUGGACAGAAUGGAAAUUUAUCGGGAAAACUCCAGUUGCUAGAUCUGCACAUGGAGCUGCUGUGUAUGACAAUAAGUUAUGGAUAUUUGCAGGGUAUGAUGGUAAUGCUAGACUAAAUGAUAUGUGGACAAUAUCAUUAUUACCUGGAGAACCCAGGGUAUGGGAGGAAGUUGCACAGUCUGGUGACUGUCCACCAACAUGUUGCAAUUUUCCCGUUGCCGUAGCACGUGAAUCGAUGUUUGUAUUUAGCGGUCAGAGUGGAGCAAAGAUCACCAAUAGUCUCUUUCAGUUUCAUUUUCGAGAGAAACGGUGGACGCGAAUUUCAACCGAACAUAUUCUCCGCGGUGCACCGCCACCACCAGCGCGUCGAUACGGUCACACCAUGGUCAGUUUUGAUAGGCAUCUUUAUGUAUUUGGCGGUGCUGCUGAUUCUACCUUGACUAACGAUCUGCACUGCUAUGAUCUUGAUACCCAAACGUGGAAUAUCAUUUUACCAUCAGCUGACAGUCAGGUUCCAUCUGGUCGAUUGUUCCAUGCGGCAGCCGUAAUUGGAGAGGCAAUGUUCAUUUUUGGCGGAACAGUCGAUAAUAACGUUCGAUCUGGAGAAACAUAUCGAUUUCAAUUUUCAUCCUACCCAAAGUGCACUUUGCAUGAUGAUUUCGGAAGGUUAUUAAACAGUCGCCUUUUUUGCGACGUCGAAUUUGUGGUAGGUGAUUCGGAAACAAAAAUACCAGCCCAUAUAGUAAUGGUAGCAGCACGUUCUCAGUUCCUUAGAGCUCUUAUCAGGCAAGAGCGGGAGAAGCGAGAUAAACAUUUGGAGGAAGUGUUUGGUACUGUAGAUGUACCAAUAAAAGAUUUGCCGUUAUUAGAGGUAAGGCUAACAGACGCUGUACCGGAAGCUUUCGAAAUGGUAUUGAAUUACAUAUACACUGAUCGAAUCGAUCCAACGAAAAGAAGCACGGAUGGUUCGAGCAAAAGCGUCGAAGAUCCAUUGAGCAAUCGAAUCGUGCUUCUUAUGAUGGAUGUGUAUCGUUUAGCUCUACAAUUCAAUAUGAAGCAAUUGGAACAGCUAUGUGUUCAAUAUUUGAAAGCAACCAUCAGUCAUGCCAACGUAUUAGAAGCAUUACACAAUGCUGCUCAUUUGAAACUGUAUUUCAUAAAAGAGUUUUGUUUAAGUUUUGUGGUCAAAGAGGGUAAUUACCAUCAAAUUGUCAUGAGCAAAGAAUUUGAGACACUGGAUCAACCUUUGAUGGUUGAAAUUGUUAGAAAAAGACAAACGCCUUUUAGCGAAGCUUUUCCUAGAAAAUGUGACCUUAGCACAGGGACAACAUUGGAACAAGAUAUGGAGGCAUUUUUGAAAAGAGUAGGUCGGCAAUUCUGUGAUAUAACCUUAAUGUUAGAUGGCGUACCAAUUCCAGCUCACAAAGCGAUCCUUGCAGCACGCUGUAGUUAUUUCGAAGGGAUGUUCCGUUCGUUCAUGCCAGAAAAUAAUAUAGUCAAUAUACAAAUCGGAGAAAUGAUUCCAUCUUCUGAGUCGUUCGAUUCUUUGUUAAGGUACAUUUACUACGCAGAUGUUUCGAUGCCUCCCGAAGACUCUUUAUAUUUGUUCACCGCGCCAGGGUUUUAUGGUUUCACGAACAAUCGAUUGCAAGCAUUUUGUAAGCAAAAUCUUGAAAUGAACGUAACAUUCGAAAACGUGAUACAAAUCUUAGAAGCUGCAGAUAGAAUGCAAGCUGCUGACAUGAAGAAGUAUGCCUUGAAUCUUAUCGUACACCAUUUUACGAAGGUUGCAAGGCUUCCUAGACUGAAACAAUUAAGUCGAGAACUUUUGUUGGAAAUUUUGGAAGCAUUGGCAGAUGAACGUAGCGAGGCACGAACGUGUCAAGAUAUGACAAACGAUUGCUGACGGAUUCCUGCCUCGCACCGUCGACCUGCGAGUGUGCAAGCAGGAACGUUUCAGGAUCACGGACUAUCAUCGACGGUGUCUAUGUAAAGUCAAUUCAGAAGCGGAGACUGUAUAAAUAUUUUCUACUUAUUAUACAACGUAA